AUGUUGAACGAGAUGGACUACCUUGCAGCCGGCUACUACAAGACAAACACAGACUUCAAGAUGACGACCUGGGCAGGCUGGUCCGGAUUCAUGCUGACUUUGAUUCCUUUGAGCUACCGCCUCUGUCGACUCUUCGCUAGGAAGCGCAGCACCAGAGCUGCGGAUUUUUUCCUCAACGCUUCGCUCACGAUGGUUGUAGCUCUGUACGGAGUCGUCUCGUAUUUCACACUCCGAUGGAUCCUCUUCUACAAAGCCAUUCCGCUAUGGGCUGGCAUCUCGUACGCCACCAGUCUGUGGGCACUGUUCCUGUGGCUUCAGAGGGCCUCCUUUGGAUGCAUAUGCUGGGCGCAGAAGGCGAAUGUGGAGAGAUCCGGCAGAUCCUGA